AUGUCUGGAAUAGCUGCAAACACCGUCAGACAAGCCACACGCUUGUGUGCGAAGCAGUCAAGCUCUGCAUCUACCCUACUCAGAACAUCUACAUUUCGAGCGGCGACCAUUUCGGGGCAGAAAGUCUCAAGGAGGGGAUAUGUAUCCGAGUCGAAGAAGGACAGCGCCCAAGUCAGCAUCGAUACAGCAGUACGAGCGGAUCAGAAAGCUUUCUUCAAUGAAACCAGCAAGCUUCCUGAAAAUACCAUUGUUGGUGGCACCAAUGUAAACGCGGAUGCGAUGAUGAGUCCCAUGGCUGGUGUACUCAAAGAGGCGACAAUCAUGGACGGCGGCGAGAGACCGAUUUACCUCGAUAUGCAGGCAACAACACCUUUGGAUCCUCGAGUACUGGAUGCCAUGUUACCCUUCUAUAGUGGAUUAUAUGGUAACCCCCAUUCAAGGACGCACGCUUACGGUUGGGAGACGGAUAACGCAGUCGAGACAGCACGAAAGCAUGUCGCCGACCUGAUCGGAGCGGAUCCAAAAGAAAUCAUCUUCACGAGUGGCGCUACAGAGAGUAACAAUAUGAGCAUUAAGGGAGUGGCAAGAUUUUUUGGCCGAUCCGGAAAGAAGAAUCACAUCAUCACCACACAAACGGAGCACAAGUGCGUACUUGAUAGUUGCAGGCAUCUUGCAGAUGAAGGAUUUGAAGUCACAUAUUUACCUGUCCAGACCAAUGGUUUGAUAAAUAUGGAAGAUCUGGAGGCUGCGAUUCGACCAACAACUGCCAUUGUCAGUAUUAUGUCGGUCAACAACGAAAUCGGUGUCAUACAGCCUCUCGAGGAGAUAGGAAAACUUUGCCGGUCGAAGAAGGUCUUCUUCCAUACUGAUGGUGCUCAAGCUGUUGGAAAAAUCCCUAUGGAUGUCAACAAGAUGAACAUUGAUUUAAUGUCAAUCUCAUCGCACAAAAUAUACGGACCAAAGGGUAUGGGAGCUUGUUAUAUUCGAAGGAGACCCCGUGUCAGAAUCGAUCCUAUCAUCAGUGGAGGUGGUCAAGAAAGGGGAUUGAGAAGCGGGACUCUUGCACCUGCGUUGGUUGUUGGCUUUGGUGAGGCAUGCCGCAUUGCCAAGGAGGAACUUCCAUACGACUCCAAGCGCAUCAAGAUGCUCUCCGACCGACUCCUUAACGGUCUCCUCGCACUUGAACACACCAAACAAAACGGCUCCGACAGCCAAUUCUACCCAGGAUGCAUCAAUGUUUCAUUCGCCUACGUCGAGGGCGAAUCUCUUCUAAUGGCACUCAAAGACAUUGCCCUCUCCUCAGGCAGCGCCUGCACAUCUGCCUCACUCGAACCAAGUUACGUUCUCCGCGCCCUCGGUAGUGACGAAGCCGAUGCUCACAGCAGUAUCCGCUUCGGUAUUGGUCGUUUCACCACCGAAUCGGAGAUCGAUUACGUAUUGAAGGCUGUGACGGAGCGAGUCUCUUUCUUGAGGGAGUUGAGUCCGCUGUGGGAAUUGGUGCAGGAGGGCACGGAUUUGAGUACGAUCCAGUGGGAACAGCACUAG